UAACUGCAGUACCGGGAAAAUAAAACUCGAAUUGCUCUUACGUCAUCUCCGAGCGACUGUUGACCAUCCAGAUACCACCAUGGCAGAAACUGAGUCAAAGAAGGUGAUCAAGUUGGUUCCUGAGUAUCUGCUGAAGAAGCGGAAAGCAUACCAGGCCAUCAAAGCCACUCAGGCUAAGAUAGCACUGCUCGAGAAGAGAAAGAUAUCAAAAGGAAAACCGUUAAAGUUCAAACGAUUAGAAGAUUUCUUGAAAGACAGCCACAGGAAGCAUCGUGAUGACACUCGCAUCCAGAGGAGUCAGCAGCGCCCCCCCGGGCCCCUGCCCCCUGCCAAGAACAGGCUGGCCUUCGCUGUGCGCAUCAGAGAGAUUAAAGGUGUCAGUCCAAAGGUGAUGAAGAUGGUUCACAUGUUGAGGCUGAGGAAGAUCUUCAGCGGGACCUUUGUCAAAAUCAACAAGACCUCGGUAGCAAUGAUGAAGAUGCUGGAGCCUUAUGUGGCCUGGGGAUUUCCCAACUUGAAGUCUGUUCGUGAGCUCAUCCUGAAGAGAGGACAGACUAGGGUUGGCCGGAGGAGAGUUCCUCUCACAGACAACACCUUCAUUGAGCAGCACAUGGGUAAACAUGGUAUCAUCUGUUUGGAGGACUUGAUUCACGAGAUCUACUUGGUUGGUAAAGGCUUCCGGGCUGCCAACAACUUCCUGUUGCCAUUCAAGCUGUCAGUGGCUCGUCACGCUGCCAAGGAUAAGGCUGGGCUUCUGAAGGACCUCGGAAAUCCUGGAUUUCGCAAUACAGACAUUAAUGCUAUAAUCAGACAACUCAACUGAGGCACCAAUGCAAGAUGGACACUCUGCCGAAUCUAUAAGGAUGCUUUAUUUCUUACCAAGCAAAUGCCAACAAAACAAGAUAUUAAAAAAUGUGUUUGGUUUGUUUAUUUGGCAGAGAAGCUCAUGUAUUUCACCCCGAGUCCUAUUUCAUAUAAAUAUAUCUGUAAGGCCUUUUUUCUGGUUCCAAGCUAAGAGACAUCACAAGGAAAUACAAGUCAGACUGGACUCGCAGUCCAUCUGUCAAAAAAUCAUUUAAUAGUUUUCAGUGUGUUAAUAUUGGUUAACGAUUGUUAAUAUGUUGUAUUUACAAUAAACCCUUUUUUUUUUCAAUGAAA